AUGGCGUCGAACAUCGCCGUGCUUAGUGCCCUUGACAAUGCACGAACGCAAUGGUACCAUGUGACUGCGAUCGUCAUUGCGGGAAUGGGGUUCUUCACCGAUGCGUACGAUCUUUUCUGCAUCUCCACUGUCUCAAAAUUGCUGGGCCGUCUCUAUUACUACGAUGGCUCCUUGACCAAGCCGGGAAAGCUUCCUCAUGACGUCAACAAUUUCGUUGUUGGGGUGGCGCUGGUCGGGACCUUAACCGGACAGCUGGUUUUCGGGUGGCUUGGGGAUAAAUUGGGGAGGAAGAAAGUCUAUGGGGUUACUUUGGUUCUUAUGGCUCUUUGUGCCAUUUGCUCUGGCUUGUCAUUUGGAUUCAGUCCAAAAGCUGUUAUGACUACACUUUGUUUCUUCAGGUUCUGGCUUGGCUUUGGGAUUGGCGGCGAUUAUCCUCUCUCCGCCACGAUCAUGUCCGAAUACGCCAACAAGAAUACCCGUGGUGCCUUUAUUGCGGCAGUGUUUGCUAUGCAAGGUGUUGGAAUCGUCUUUGCCGGUCUAGUAUCGAUGACCCUCUCGAGAAUAUUUCUUGAGGAAUUUAAGGGUCCGGGAUUCUUGGCAUCGCCGGUUUUUUCGGCUGAGCCCGAGGCGGAUUAUGUCUGGCGAAUCGUGCUCAUGCUUGGAGCUUUGCCGGCAAUUCUCACCUUCUACUGGCGGAUGAAAAUGCCGGAAACUGGCCGGUACACGGCCCUGAUCGAGGGAAAUGCUAAACAAGCUGCAUCGGAUAUGGGGAGAGUCCUUGAUAUAGAAAUUCAAGCCGAACAAGAUAAAUUAGCAGAAUUUAAAUCUGCCAAUGAAUACUCAUUGCUAUCAAGUGAGUUUUUCAAUCGCCACGGUCGUCAUUUAAUAGGUACCGCAACUACUUGGUUCUUAUUAGAUAUUGCCUUUUAUAGCCAAAAUCUUGCACAAAAAGACAUUUUCCCUGCAAUGAAACUCACUAGCAAACCCGAAACAGUAAGCGCGCUACGCGAAAUGUUCGAGACAUCCCGUGCCAUGUUCGUGAUAGCCUUAUUCGGGACUUUCCCCGGUUAUUGGUUCACCGUGGCGUUCAUCGAAAAAAUCGGCCGAUAUUACAUACAAUUGUUGGGCUUCUUCAUGAUGUCUGUAUUCAUGUUCAUAAUGGGUGUCAAAUAUGAUUACCUCAGGAACGAAGACCACAAAUGGGCUUUUGCUAGUCUUUACGGGCUGACGUUCUUCUUCGCGAACUUCGGCCCCAACUCAACCACCUUUGUUCUGCCGGCGGAGCUUUUCCCCACCAGGCUGAGAUCCACUUGCCAUGCAAUCAGCGCCGCCUCUGGCAAGGCCGGGGCUAUGGUCGGAGCAUUUGGUGUUCAGAGCUAUACACAGGAUGGAGACGUGAAUAAAAUCAAAAGGGCCAUGAUACUUUUGGCUUUCACAAACUUGAUUGGAUUUUUCUGUACCUUCCUUGUGACAGAAACAAAGGGGAGGUCACUGGAAGAGAUUUCCGGUGAGGACGGCGGCGGCGGCGUGAACGAGACACAGUUGACCCCAAAACAGACAGUUAAUCGACCGGAACAAUGGGAAUGA